AUGAACAGCCACGGCCUCCUGGAGAAAAUUCGCAAAAACCGUCGGCCAUCCAUUAAGCCACUUCCGCCCAUGCGCGAGGAUAUUAUGAUGUUUAUUCAUCUGGCCUGCAAAAAGCUUAUCAACACCUACAUCUUCGAAUGUGCCAUUUCCUUGGUGAUUGUGGCCAAUUCUGCAUUGAUUGGAGUUGAGAGCCAGCUGGCCACGCACGGCGAAACUGUGGAGUGGGCGGAUUUGGCAGAGAUCGGCUUCAUGGGCACCUACAUCCUUGAGCUCAUCGUGCGAGCGAUUGCUCUGCGGUGGUCUGCUUUGCGCGAUGGCUGGUUCCUUUUUGACUUCGGUUUGGUGAUGAUCGCAAUUCUGGAACAAGUGCUGUCGGUGGCUGUCGCUGGAUCAGCCGGUCAGCAGAUCAUGAUCCUGCGGCUCCUGCGACUCUUUCGCCUCGUGCGGACGUUUCGGAUGAUCAAACAGAUCCGAUCCAUCUGGCGCCUCGUUUAUGGGCUCAUGAACUCCAGCGAAACGAUGGUCGCCGCCUUUGCUCUGCUUGGUCUUGUGCUCUACGUCUUCGGCGUUCUGGCACUGCAGGUCAUCAGCUCGGAUCCUGCACUUCUAGGCGACCCUGAGACGAACAUCCUCAUAGAGGAUCGUUUCAGCUCCUUGGGUAUGACGAUGAUGACGCUGACACAGUUUGUGACGGUGGAUUCCAUCGCCUCCGUCUACUUGCCGCUCAUGCGGCAGAACCCCUGGCUGAUAUUCUAUUUCGUCCCACUCAUCUUGGUGGUUUCGAUCUCCCUGAUGAACCUGGUAACGGCUUCCUUGGUCGAAGCCGCCCUCGAGCACGCCCGGCAAGAGAAGGAGGAGGAGAAGAAGCUGGCGAGCGUGGCUGCGAAGAACAUGCUCCCAGACAUUGUGAAGCUUUUUGAUCAGCUGGACUCAGACCGGAGUGGCUUCCUCGUGAUUCAGGAGAUGAAAGACUUUGAGACCGAGGGCUUGGUGCCACCCGAACUGUUGGACAAAGCCUCCGUGGAGUCCAUGAGCGAACUCUUCCAGCAGCUCGAUGUGGACGAGUCUGGGAGGGUGAACCGAGAGGAGUUCAUAGAGGGCCUCUUGGACAUCUUCCUUCGGGAG